AUGAAAGACACGGAGCGACGUGUGCAAUCAAUGCCGCAUUAUCGUUUGGACCAAGAUCCUUCACGCUUAACAACAUUCCCAAUACCUGGAUUCUUGGCCUCAUCCUUUCAUGAUCCGGAUGAUAAUCCAGACAAUCAGAAGAUUUCAAGACCUGGGGGUGAUGCAUCGCCCAGCCAGAUACGUCCUCCUCCUAUGUCGACUGGCAAUCAGUAUUGGAUGCCAGAUCACCUCUGUAAGGUAUGCUAUGACUGUUCUGCCGCAUUUUCUCUCUUUCGGCGUCGUCACCAUUGCCGGCUAUGCGGACAAAUCUUUUGCUACGAGUGCAGCAACCACUUUAUUGAUGGUAUACCGCACAAGUUUCCAGGCGUCGUUCGAGUGUGUAAGUUCUGCUUUCAAUUCACAGACGCCGUUGGCGGGAAGAAAAAAGCAAACGAAAAUAAACAGGAACAUCAUUCGAUCGAAAGCUUGGACGGAAGUGAUACGCUAAGAGAAUCUCUGCCUGUUCAGCUUGACCGCUUAACAUCGCACCUGUUGAGUGGGGAAGUUGGUUUUGCAAAGCCGUCACCUCUAGUAUUCAGCCCGUCGAUUGACCCGAUUGAGGAACCGAUGUUGAUGUUGUCACCUGUCGACUCAAACGCAAGUGACCUUACAGACUUUGAUCAGUCGGUGGACCCAACAAGCUUUACAACCGAGUCUGUCGAUAUAUUUGAGACGUCAGAUACCGUUGAAGCUUGUCAGAGGACCUGCCCACGAGUACGAACUAAAAGGAGACAUUCUAGCGUAGAACUGCUAGGUGCAAUCGAAAGUGGUGGACUGGAUGCUGAAAUGGUGGCUCUCCACAAUUGGGCUCAAACAUUUUCGUCUGAAGAAAAGGUCUUAACUGUACGUGGAAAGACACCGCAAAAAUGUAGUACCCAUAACAGUAAUAACUUCUACACACAGAGAGAUAUCGCGUUGGAUAAAUUCAUGCAAAGAGCUCACAAAACAAUUCGUGACGGCAUUGAGCAUUUAACAUCAUCAAUUUCAAGCAGUUUACCGAAGUCUGGGUUCACUGAUCUAGAUCAUUUGGCUAAAACUGUGGAAGACAUUGCUUUUGUCGUGACGGGCCAUUUGCUUUUCAGUAUGAAUUUUCGCUCUGUUAGUGGUUUUAACUACGAGAAUCUUGUGAAAGUGAAAAGUAUUGCAAUGAAUGCGACUAUGGAGGCAUGCAAGAACGAGCCGAGUUACAAUUUCAAAUGGCUGGCUGGAACCGUGUGCCGCAAGCACUUGAGUCACAAGCAAAUGGCGCGCCACGUCGCAAACCCUCGUAUCUUGCUCCUUGCUUGUGGAAUAAGUUAUGACCGCUCCAACGGGCUUGGGCGAAUGAGCUCAUUGGACACGUUGUUGGAGCAAGAAAGAAGUUACAUGGCGAUUUUGGUGGAGAAGAUAUCGGCACUAGAGCCGGAUGUAAUUUUUGUGGAAAAAGCAGUGUCUAGGCCAGCCCAAGAGCUGUUACGUGAGCGCCGAAUAUCGAUCGUCCUUAAUGUCAAGAGUGACUUGUUACACCGAAUUGCACGCCAUACGGGAGCUGAGGUCUUAACAUCUGUAGAUCAUGUGGAUAAAGCGAAUCCUGCACAAGUAAUUGGCAGUUGUCGGUCAUUCACGGCGAAGUCAGUCCCUAUAGUGCCGGACGAGGGACCACUCUCACCGGCGAAAAAGUCAUUGCAAGCGCUUGCAGGCGUGUUUCUGAAAGCACCUCGCUUGCGAUCAGACACUUAUCUGUACCUAGAUGGAUGUGAUCCGCUCAAUGGUUGCACAGUGUUAAUUACUGGACCAUCAAAACAGACAUUACGCCUACUGAAGCAGCUUACCCGUGCUGUGCUUGCGAUGACGUAUCAAUUGCUUUUAGAGGCUCAUGUUUUAUCCAAUCUGGACCUGAACAAUGACAUAUUGACGUCAAAUGAAUUUGCAGGGCUUACUGAUGAGAGACGCACUACGUGGUGUACGACAUCCACAUUGCGUGUUCGUGACCCCGGAUCCCAAAACCCCCGCUACCAUCAAUGUGUCGAAGCCAAGCAACUCCGAAUUACAGCCUGCUCGGAUGAAGAUGUAUCGUUUGGCAACUUUCUUAGUCAAGAAUUGGCAGCUCUCUCUCUCAAAUGUCAAAGUGUGAAGUGUAAUCAUUUGAUGGCAGAUCACGUUUAUUCGUUCAGUUGCCGGACAGGAACAAUAAUAAUUUCAUUCGAAGAGCUGCCAGAUCAAAAUAAACAGCCGUUAUUGUUAUCAGUAAGUAACGUCAGCGAUGCUGAAGCCGCAAGUAAAGCGUUGGGCUCGUUUACCGAACUCUCGCUUACAAGGAGCUUCGAGAAGAACACCAAACUGCACGCAAUAAUGACGCCAAACUCCGUUUUUCAUACAUCCGGGAAUGAUGACGAAACUAUCGUCUCAGCGGAGAACGAAUUUCCUACAGUGAUAUUUUGGCGAUGGUGUCGUGAAUGCAAAUGUGUGAUUACACCUUUUAUGCCGUUGGACAAGUACAUAUACAAGUACUCGUUUGCUAGAUUUCUGGAAGUCCUCUUCCUGGAAGCAGAACGAUCUGUGCUACUGAAGUCGUCAAGCGCAACGUGUACGCAUAUCUCGAUGGAGUCCCACGUACUUUUCUUAAACAUUGGCAAGUCUGUGGCACGCUUUGAUUUCUUAAAGCAGGUGUCACUUCGCCUUAGCCAUGCGGAGUCGAAACGCGGUAAUGAUAAUUUUCUUGCAAAGCAAUUAUUUUCCAAGAUGGAGCAAGCUGCUAUGGAGAAGGAAGUGACGGCGCGUCUUGAAAUCUUAAAGGAGACCCUGAAGUCGCUCGUUAAUACUUUUACGGAGAAAGUCGAGGGAAUUAACGAGGCAGUAAAAGCAUUUGAGAGCACGGAUAGGGGUUACCACGCGCGUAUCAUUCUUGAAGUCAUGUGCAUUUCAAAAAUGGUACGAAGCGGUGACGCAGUUUUCUCGUAUCAAUUAACGCUUAUUGGUGAGAAGUUAGCGGACAGUUUGGGAACUUGUGAUACUACUCAGCGCGCCAUGUAUUUGGUAGCAUGCAAAUGGGUUACCUACAUGAUGCGCCUUCGCAAGUUAAUCAAGAAACAUCUUUCAGUGGAUGCGAGCACGUCAGCUCGAAAUGGUAAAGGAGACAUUGUUCGUCCUGAUACACUUUUGUCAUCCAUUGCAUCACCACUGGUGUUCGAAGAAUCAACCCUGACGCCCAGCACUAUUGUCCAACCGUCCGGCAGGAGUAACGAUACUGAAUUGGUGGUUCGACACAGGAGUAGUGGAGCUCUGAGUUGUAUCACUGAGUCUGAGUCGAGCAUGGGAAAGGCAAUGUUAUCUUCGUCGACUAUUCCAAGCUUUGAAUCAUCUAAGAGACCUUCAUUGCCAUUCUCUGUUGCUGACAACAGUAAUGGAGAUGAAAAAGAGGGCCCACAAACUGGGUGGAAGGAAGCUUUGUGGAACCUUUAUCGUGUUCUCGGUAGAAUUGAACCAGGUAGCGACUUUACAGUACACCUUCCUGAAGCACUGACUGCUGGACAUCCGAGUCUUCCCCAUCGAUCAAAAUCUCGAGUGGUCUUGGUUGACGAGACAAAACCGAUUACAAGCGUUGCUUACGCUUUAUCGACAAACUCAUACGAAGAGGAGAUGGACGGAUGGAAGUUACGCGUUCAUAGUGACGCGGUGAAAUCAGUUACGUUGGAAAAGGGAAAACGUGACGAUACUAGCACUGUAUCCACAAAUUGGUCUCGUGCUGCGCUCGAAACAUCAUUGAACAUGCCGUUUAGAUUUGUGACAACGGAAAUGCCGUUGCACUUGUCACUACUUUUAAACAAAACGUCGUCUGCGUUGUCCAGCACGUGCUGGGAACUGUCAACAGUUGCGUACUUCCCACUCCAGUUUGAGGUCCUUCGCGAACUAUUUUGUGGUAGUCUUCAGAGCUACGUGUUUUCAAUAUCUCACGUAGCAAGCUGGGACGCCAAUGGUGGCAAAUCGGGUGCCUCGUUUUACCAAACCUUUGAUGACCGCUUUAUUGUCAAGCACAUUUCAUCGACCGAAAUGCAGAGUUUCCUGGGAUGUCUUCCUGAGUACUUCAAAUAUGUGGCGAGCAUUUACUUUGACGGCCGGGCAAGCCUGUUGUCAAAGAUUGUCGGGCUCUACCAGACAACUACAACCCGAAAAGAUACAGGGCAGAAGAUGGUACACUACAUUUGCGUCAUGGAAAACGUGUUUUACCAAAAGCAACCCACACGAAUUUAUGAUCUGAAAGGAAGUUCGCGGAACCGAUAUACCAGACCUCAAUUCACCACGGAAGCCGUUCAAAAUGGCAGUCAUGUCUUGCUUGACGGUAACUUCCUAGAGCUUACCAAAGGCCAUCCUUUGGGCAUACUUGCAGAAGAUCAUCGUUUUAUACUAAAAGCGGUGCAAAACGAUACUGCUUUUCUCUGCUCUAUUAAUAUCGUGGAUUACUCGAUGGUUGUAGGGCUAUGCUAUCGAAACAACGACAUGGGAGAUCAGGAGGAUAUUCUGUCCGAAAUGACUGCUGGUAUCAUCGACUAUCUGCGUCAGUUUGAUUUAAUAAAGCGUGUGGAGAGUGUUAGCAAGUCUGUCGGUAUGAUUGCUGGACAAUCCUCUCCCACAAUCAUUGAGCCAGGUCUUUAUGGUAAACGAUUUCAAGAUGCCAUGCGGCGGUACUUUAUGCCUGUCACUCCAAUAUCGUCCGGCACCAAUGACGAUAUAUAUCAAAAGCUAGACUACGGGGACUGCUGA